GAUCAAGGAUUCAAGGACGGAGGUCUCCCUCUCUUGCUGUCGCUGCUUUCGUCUCCGAUUUUGCCAUCUCUUUUGGAUCCAAACUUUGAUUCUCGAUCCUGGAUUCUAAGUUACAGGGAACACUUCCAUCAUGCCUCCUAGCUUUAAUGUACCAGUCAAUGGUGUGAACACCAACAAUGGACAAAGAUCAAAUGACUAUAUAAGAGCAACUUUCAGUAAAGAGUGCCCAAACUACAUGGCUGCUUCAGCAACAUCACAUGAGCCCUUCCAUACUAGUUCAUCUCUUGGCUACUCUAGUCAACUUCCGCCAAAUUAUGGCCAAAAAGGGUUCUCUUAUUAUAAUGUGCCUCCUAUUGGCGGCAAUAGCAUUGCCAUCCAAAUGCACAACCCAACAGGUGGAUAUAAAAGAAAACAGAUGGCUAUGCCCAUGAUGUUUGAUGAAGGAAGCACUUCUGGAUCUCACAGAGGUGGAAGAUCAUUGAUUCCUAGCAAUUACAAGGGAAGAAGUUCUUUAUGUACUAACAGGUCCCGCAACAGAACUUCUUUAGAAUUUAACAAUUACACUGGUGGAAGCUUCUUUAAUUUUUCAGCUCCUGAACAUCAUUUGCUAGAAAACUAUGUGCUGCCUCCUCAAAUUCAAAUUGCUCCUUGGGAUCCUUUGAAAAGGGGUCCUGGAUGUAGGAAUGUUCUUCCAGUUGGAACAAGGUCUCAGCGGAAUGUUAGGAGCCGAGAUUGCUAUGCUGGGCCAUAUCCAUUAAGCGCUCCAUCUUACAAUCCAUAUCCUCCAUGGCAUUUUUUUGUUGCAGGUUCAAUUGAGCAAUCAAGGCAACCUGUAAUACCUAUGGGUCCAAGCAGAAUGAUGUUUUCUGCAGGAACCAACAUCAGCAAUGGCGUUUCAGAAAUGCCUUCCUUGAACCAGUCAAACCCUACUCGGACUAGAAAUCCAAGUGCUUUCUUCCCGAUUCAUUUUGCGCCACCAACAAGAGUUAGCAGAGCGGAUGUAAACAGCCGUCGUCAUAGAGUUUCUUCUCACAUAUCCAAUCAAAGCUAUCCUACCAUAAGGUCUGUAGCUACUAUGGGAUCCACCCCCCCUUUCUGGAAUGCAAGACCAGUCCCACUACCAUUGCCUAUUGAAGACCGUCGCAAUAGGAAUAAUUUAAGGAACAAUGAGAUGAGGACUACAUGCCCAUCAGUUGAACAUUCAGCUCCUUUUCAGAAUAGUUGGAUCUCUCAGGGGAUAAUUAUGAAUAACUUAGAUGAUAUCUUGGGGUUCCUUGAUCCUCACAGGGAUAUGAGACUGGACAUAGACAACAUGAGCUAUGAGGAAUUGCUUACAUUGGAAGAAAGGAUUGGCAAUGUCAGCACUGGUUUGUCCAAGAGGAAACUUUCCGGUUGUUUGAAAGUGCGGAAAUACCGCUCCUCUUGCCGGUUCCAAGAUAGGCAGGACAAGAAAUGUGCUAUAUGCUUGGAAGAAUACGAAGAUCGAAAGAAGCUUGGCAGAUUGAAUUGCAGACAUGAAUUCCAUCUUAAUUGCAUCAAGACAUGGUUACAGAAGAAGGAUAUCUGCCCAAUCUGCAAAACCUCUGCAAUGACUACCACUUCCAAGGAGAAACAGAAGAACUCUUCAUAAGAAAGGAAAUCCUAGCAAUCUUUUAGGUCUCAUUCCUCCUGUAUUAUUUACACCAUUUACCAUAUGAGAAAUUUCUGUUUUGCGAAUUGUAAAUCCUUUUCUUUCUUCUGAUUUGCUUGUUUUGGUUGCAAUCUCACCAGUUGAUGGAUAUGAUAUUUGAGGAAGAAAAGUUAAGUGCUUUAUAAAUAUAGAGCAUACUUUC